AUGGGUCCACCGAAACCAAUGUAUUAUCGGAACAAAAAGAAAACGAAUUGGGAGCUCUACGCAAAGCUCGUGAAACCGAAAUUGAGCACUAUGGACGGCAUGGAGAUUUCCUCUACGGAGGAAAUAGACAUGCAUGUUGAUAGGAUAGUUCGGGUUCUGAAGGAGGGAUUUGAUGAGGCAUGCCCUCUCAAACUAGUGAAACCAAGGAAACGCGUAAUUCCUUGGUGGUCUCGGGAACUGGACCUUCUGCGGAAAUCAACGCGUACACACUGGAAGGUGUAUAUUGCUGACAAGAGUAAGGACUCUUGGGAGGCUUAUUGCGUCGUCAGGAACAGAUACAUAUAUGCACUCCGGACGGCAAAGCGGGACUCCUGGAGGACUUAUUGUGGGGAAAUUGAAUCCACUCAUGAAACAUCUCGGCUGCAUCGUGUUCUGAAGAAUGACCAAGUCAAUCGACUUGGGCGUAUUCAGGAUACGAAUGGUGGUUAUACGGUGGAUGUGAAACAAUCACUUCAAGUGCUGAUAGAGAAACAUUACCCACCAGACCCGAAAGGGGCUGAAAGGGGAAUGUCUCUAACAGUGGAAACCACUGCGAGGAUCGACUCUUAUGUCAACCCGGAGUUGGUGGAAAAGGCCAUUAAGUCAUUUGGUCCUUAUAAGGCGGCGGGAGUGGAUGACGUGUUUCCUAAAAUGCUCCAAGUGGUCAGCUUUGGUGUGAGUGGACCUCCAACUACGGUGAUGAGGGCCUGCUUACAACAUGGCUACACUCCGAGGCCAUGGAGGGAGACCAAAGUCAUCUUUAUUCCAAAGCCAUGA